AUGCCACCAAAGCGUUCCUACCCCGGUGUCUCGGCUUCUAAAGCUCAAAAGCGGAGUCGUGGAAAUGGAACAAGCCUGCUACGAGGCAGGCGGGAACCGCCAGCUUCUUCACCGAAUCCAGGUGCGCGCCAUUGCUAUCCCGAAGCGGACGCUUCAACGCCAUCUUCGGAGACGGCAGAGACGGCGCCGAUAUCUCUGUCCACCGACGAAGAACCACAACUCAUGUCUUUGAACAUCAGCGAUGAUUCGGUCCCUUACCUGUCGUCCAGCGGUGAAGAUGACAUGGAAACCGUGCGAUGCUCGACGCCCUUCGAGGGCAACUCGAGUGUGGAAGCCACGGCGGGGUCCGUCAACUCUGACUCACCUCCUCAGGUAUUGUCACUUAGCAGUGAUGAAGAUGGCAUCGAGACCGUGCGAUGCUCGACACCCUUCUACGGCAGCUCCACCGUGUCAGCCACAGCGGGCUCCCUGAUGUCCGACUCUCCUCCUAGUGUAUCCGUGGCACCACAUUACGGUUCUCCAGGAUAUGGGCCAUUAAAUUCCACCAUGGUCGAAGGCGGGGUGCCCAUAAACAUGAUGUCCUCCCCCAGCACUUCCGUAACGCCCGUGCCACUCGUCCCUCCUCCCAGAGACCUGACGAAUGAACCGUGCACUUCUGCAAGGGCAAGCCCACUCUCAGCUCCUGGCCAAAGCGAAGACGAACCGUCGUCGACGAUGACUCGGGCGAUUCCACCAUGUCCUUUAGGAUUGCACCGGCAGGCGCAGCUGCGGCAAAUGAGGCGCUACAACGUGCAUUUCAGCGGGUUCCUGCCACGGCACAAGCAGUAA